UUUUGAAUUUCUCUCCGGUCAAAUACGCUCAAGUCAAUAAGUGUAUUACACGAAUGAUAGCGCCUUUUUUGUGACAAAAAAAGGAAUGUUGGCCAGUACUGUGUUAGCUAACGCCAGCUAGUUACUUGUUUUAGCCGGUUUGGUUUAUGAUUUUGAUCCUUUCUAUUUUACUAACUAGCUCAUUUGGUCCGCGUUAGUAUAUUUGGAGCAAGACAUUGAUAAUGUUAACUAUGUAGACAGUUAUUACUUAACCUGGCCGCAUACCAAAGAUCCUGGUAACUUUCUGCUUUUGUCUGUGGCCGUACAUUGCCAGCCAUUUUUGGCGGGUUUUUUCCUCCGGCGAGAUGGGAAGUCCGACAGUUAUAGAACGCUAUUCCGGUCUUGUCAAUAAAAUGUCCAUUACGAAAAUGAAACCUGGGAAUAAAGCCUCUGACAACAUAAAGAGCUUUUUUGGUGGGUCCAUUCAAGACAUGGGACCUACAAGGAAAACUCUGCAAGUCCUCCAGCAAGCUGCAGUCAAUAAGAACCUUGGCAGAGUAAUGCUGACAGGAAAGGUGGUUCCCAAAAGAAAACAGUGGAAUGCAGAACAAGGGAAGGGCUCAAAGAGGGUGAAGGCUGAAGUUGCCGUCAAAUCUAUAAACACAGAAAAUGAAAAUCUACCUGAUGGCGUUACCAAGGAGGCCUAUGAACUAAUGGUCAAAGAAACCCCUCCCUCCUCUUACUGGAAGGAGGUAGCUGAGGAGAGACGAAAAGCGCUCUACAGCGUUCUCCAGGAGAAUGAGAAAUUGCACAAAGACAUUGAUGCCAAGGAUGAGCAGAUAGCCCAGCUGAAGACUGAGAAUGAUGAGCUUCAGGAGCUGGCCCAGCAUGUACGUCACAUGGCUGACAUGAUAGAGAGGUUGACUGGAAAGAGUCCGGAUAGUCUGGAUGACUUGAAAGAGAUCACCCUUGGUACCGAAGAUGAGUUGGAAGCGCUAGAUGAAUCUGAUGACCAAUGUACUACACCCGAUGCUGAUGUCUUGGAUGAUGUCACAGAACAACAGGAAGAUGAACCCUCAGAGGAUGAUUGAGUGACAGAACUUCAGUGCACUGGUGUAACUAAAUUUUGGGAGAUGUCUGGACUGUGUUAUGGACUUGUCAUUCUGGCACUGAUGCCUGUAGUUGCUGCUUAUAUUUUCUCUGCUUACAUCUGAAGAGAUACUUGUGCCUUAUUUGCAUAAGAUUUUUAUUUUCAUAAACCACAACAGCUUACCAUGUGAUUAUGAAAAGGGAAGUUUCCCUUGUUGUUUUUAUCUUUGCUGUUUAAAUCUAUUUGUGAUAACCUAUGUUUGAGAAAUGUUCAUUAUAGUGCUGUUUUAAUGCACUCUGUGUACAUAUGCUUCAGGACUUCUGUGAAAUAAACAUUUUUUUAUUAA